AUGAGGACAAAACGCAUCGACCAGGAUACGCGGAGGCACUUUAUCCGUCUCUGCUUACUCUCGGAAGAAGACAAAGACCUUCACGGGAAAGAGGAGAACGAGGAGAGAGCGUGUUCUUCUUCUUCGAAUAAUUACGUUUCCUACGGCACGGCUGGGUUUCGAUGCCAUCACGCCGCGUUGGAUGUAAUCGCGUUCCGGUGCGGAUUCAUCGCGAGUUGCGUCGCCGCGUUUUCCCGAACGAACGCGACGAACAACAACUCGAACGAUGCUCCUCCUUUUACCGCGGCGGGGAUUUGCGUCACGGCGUCGCACAACGAGGCUUCCGAUAACGGUCUGAAAAUUGUCGACGGUCACGGAAACGUAUUGGGAGAAGCGUACGAACGCGCGUGCGAGAUGAUUUGCAACGCGAAAACGGAAGCGCAGUUGGAAAACGCUUUAGACUGUUUCGAGGAAAAGUUGCCGUUUUUGGAAACGAGUCGCGAGGAUGCGAAAAAGACGGCGGUGGUAUAUUUCGGCCGGGACACGAGAGAGAGCGGGGAACGACUGGUGGAAAAAGCGAAAGAGGGCGCGAGAGCGCUCGGCGGAAGAUCAUCCGGCGUCGCGGUGAAGAUUUGCGAUCGAGGCGUCGUCACGACGCCGAUGUUGCACUAUUUCGUGUACGCGCACGGGAAAGCGGUGGAGGCGUUUUAUGAAAAUAAUAAGCAGCAGGAAGAGAAGAACGAUGAAGAUGCGACGGAGAGAUCGUUGUGGGAAAAGAUUGACGCGGCGACGCAAGAGUUGGCGUAUUUCAAGCGCCUGGCGGUUGGGUAUUUGAGCUUGAUCGAGGAAGACGAAGAGAAGAAGAAGAAGGGCAAAAAUGUCGUCGAGGGUUUACGAGCGAACGCGACGACCUUGCCUCCGUUACACAUAGAUUGCGCCAAUGGCGUUGGUUUCGUCGCGUUUGAAAAGUUGAUGGCUUUGUUUGACGUGAUUCGUGAGAAUAGUAGUAGUAGUGAAAAUAGUCGUCGUAGCGCGACGACGACGACGACGACGACGACGACGAAAGAGAUUGCGCUGGUUUUGAAAAAUGGUCCGAACGAUGGUCCAGUUAAUCUCAAUUGCGGGUCUGAUUUCGUUCAAAAGAACCAACGAGCGCCGGAAACACCAUCGACUCGUCUCUCGUUCGUAAAUCAAAGGUGCGCCUCCGUCGAUGGCGAUUGCGAUCGAUUGGUGUAUUUUUCAAUCGAAGAAGGAGAAGAAGAAGGAAAAGAAGGAGAAAAUUCAUCAAAGAAACAAAAUUUCAUGUUGUGCGAUGGCGAUAAACUGUCGAUUUUGAUCGCCUUCUUUCUCAUCGAACAACUCUUCUUAGCAGGAUUGGCGCACAAGAUAUCGCUCGGAAUUGCACACACGGCGUAUAGCAACGGGGCGUUUACGAAGUUUUGCGAGAAGAAUGGCGUGGAAACCGUGUGCGCAAAGACGGGCGUGAAGAACGUCCACAAAGCCGCCGAAGAACACUUUGACAUUGGCGUGUACUUUGAGUCCAACGGCCACGGGACAGCUUUGUUUUCCGACGAGGCUGUUAAAGUGAUUGAAAAGGAGUUGGUGGAUGAGUUAACGCGCAUGUCUGUAGAACAACACUUGAGAAAAGAAGAAGAAAAACACAUACAAAGUGUCAUUUUGACGACGAAAUUGAAGGCUUUGUUGACGUUAAAAGCAACCAUUCAAACGAUAAAUCCAGCCAUCGGCGAUGCCAUAAGUUCGGUAUUGUUAAUUGAAGGGAUUUUGCGGAAGAAAGGGAACAUGCCCUUCCAGGAGUGGCACGCGAUGUACCGCGAUUUGCCCACGAAACAAAGCAAAGUGAAGGUGCGAGAUCGAACGGUGAUUGAGUGUUUCGACAGCGAGAGGAAGUGCUUGAAACCGGAAGGGUUACAACAAAGGAUCGAUGAGAUACUUUUGUUGGAUUCGUGUGUCAAAAACAACAACAGAAGAGCUUUCGUUCGUCCUUCCGGGACGGAAGAUAUCGUGAGAGUGUACGUCGAAGCCUCGGACGCGGAGACGUGCGAAAAGAUUUCGACGAAAGUUGAAGAGGCGGUGAUUGAGUUUUGUAAUUAA